AUGUCCUGCCCCGAUUGCUUCAAGGGCACUCUCCGCGGCGAUGUUGUCUUGACCGGCACUGAAGAGGUCAUCCACGGCAUUCCGACCUAUGUCGCCCGCCCAGACGCUGGGGUGGAGACCCGCGGCACUAUCGUCAUCCUGCCAGACGCCUUUGGAUGGGGGCUGCAAAACACCCGCGCCUUGGCCGACGCCUAUGCUAAGCGACUGCCGGGGGUAGUUUACGUCCCGGAUUUCAUGAACGGCCAUGCUGCCCCCGUGUCGUUCUUGUCGGUCCUCGAAAAGGCCGAACCCCCUUCCUCAGCCCCACCCUCCGUCUUGAUUCGGGCCAUCAAACGUAUCAACACCUUCUUCACCUUCCUUUCCUUUGUCCCCGCCAUGGCGACUUUCCUCUUCCGCAACCGCGCCUCCGUCACCCAGCCCCGUAUCCGCGGCUUCCUCGCAGCCGAGCGCAAAUCCGCGCCCACCACGCCCAUCGGUGUGGCCGGUUUCUGCUGGGGCGGCCUGCACGCCGUGCUACUGACACAUGACGUCCCGCACAACAAGGUCACCGUCGGAGGCGACGGCGUUUCUGGCGGUCAAGAAUACCCGCUGAUUGACUGCUCCUUCACGGCACACCCGUCGCUGCUGUCGCUUCCGAAGGACAUUGAGCAGGUGGUGAAGCCGCUGAGUGUGGCGAACGGGAGCCUGGAUGACCAUUUCGGCCCCGAGAAGGUGAAGAUCCUAGAGGAGGUUCUGGACCGAAAGAACCGCGAGGCAGGACUGGAGGCGGGCGACAAAAAGUAUGAAAGUGUUGUGUAUCCCGGAGGGAAGCACGGGUUCGCGAUUCGGGGCGACCGUACGGAUCCGGAGAUUCGGGAGAAGGGCGAGCAGAGCGAAGCGCAGGCUGUGGAGUGGUUCAAAAGAUGGUUUCCUUAG